GAGGUCCAGCAGCAGAUCACGCGGCAGCUGGGAGUCUCCAGCUACUGCCAAGUGCUUUUUGCCGACGAUGAUCCCUGCGAAGUGCGCGUGGCGCUUCAGUCGCAGGUGAAUGACUUUGAUGCUGAACUGCUUUCGGCCGCAGAGGAGGGUGCUGAGCAAGUGGAGGAGCUACUUCGCCACUUCCAAAAUCCCAACUGUGUUGAUGAAAUGGAGAGGACUCCACUUCUCAUCGCCAGCAAGGCGGGGCACCUGGAUGCGGUGCGCUGUCUCUUGGAAGCCCAGGCCGAGGUGAACCGCAGCAGUGCCCAGGGCUACACCCCGGUGGGCGUCGCAGCGUAUCGCGGCGACCUGGAGAUGUUGGACAGCUUGGUGGCCGCUGCUGCGGACAUCGAGAAGGCCUCGCUGCGGGGCUUCACAGCGCUGCACGGGGCGGCGCAUGGCAACAGCGCGGCGGUGAUUGGGCGGCUCCUGGAGGUGAGGGCCAACCUGGAGAGGACCACGGUGCGUGGAAAGACGGCGCUGUGCAUCGCCUCCGAAAAGGGCUUCAGCGAGGUGGUGCGCUGCUUGCUGGACGCUGGUGCCGAGGUCGAGGGAUGUUACGAACCGAGUUCGACCAAAAAGACAGCACCGCUACUGGCAGCGGCCGAGCAAGGACAUGUGGAGGUAGUGGAUCUACUGCUGCAGCGACAAGCAGAGGUGAACCGCAGCUCCUCCCGGGGCUUCACGGCGCUGCAUGCGGCGGCAGAGAAUGGACAGGUGCCGGUGAUGCCACUCAGCGGCAAGGUGAACCCCUGGAAAAUGCUGCAGCUGUGUGGGGAUAGAGGACAUCUGCUGUCGGUGUCGUCCAGAAAUGGCUUGAGCACACUGACGCCUGAUCUUCCUCUGCUGUGA